AUGGAGGCGGAGGAUGCGGCGGCGGUGGCGGAGGGAGUGGAGGCGGCGGAGGUGGUGGAGGCGGCGGAGGCGGCGGAGUUGGCGGAGGCGGCGGUGGCAGCAGUGGACCUGGUCGCGGCUCCGCACAGAGGAGUGGGUCCGGUGGUGGUCCGCGCUAGGAGCAGCAGCGCAGUCGUGAGACCCUGUCCCCUCAGCAGCUUCGUGAGUGGUACGCUGCGCGUUAGCGCGGUGGGGGUACUGGUCCCUGCACCUACGGCGGGGGUUGCUAUCUUUGAUCUUGAUUUUGAUGCUAUUCUUGCUGCCAUGUAUGCUGUGUCUGAGAGUGUUGAGGGUGACUGUUACCUAUGUGUUCCGCCUGACCCGGGCAUUGAGACUGCUGCUCAAGGUAGUGGUGAGGUUGCUGCUCUAGGUGCUAGUGCGUCCGCUGCCCCAGGUGCUGGUGAGUCUGCUCUCUCAGGUACUACGUAG